AGCUUAUACGUACGAGGUGGCACAACAUGCAGCGUCGCCCCUCAAGUUCUUGAAGACUUGUCGCCUGCCUUUCUCUGAGCCUGCGCUGCGACUUUCUGGCACAUGAGCGGCUCGUCGCACCGGAAAGCUGGCUAUGCUGAUGCACAGGACAUGUUUCGCGUCUCUCCUUGGAUAAGCUACGAUCCAUCACCCGACAUCCGCAACGACGCUCUAGCGCGCAGUAACAUUCACUUCUAUAACAUGAGCGAGGACGUCGACAUGGAUGCACCUCAGAUCUCUACACUGCCAGAGGAGGAGACCCCCGAGCCGCAACCAGCCCGCACGUCCAAAUUCCGGGUGAAGCUCCUUGUCAACGAGGGAAAGCGGUCUGGAUCAUUAGGAAGCUCAUCCUCGCGCAAACCAGCGCAGGGGGCCAGUGAUGAAGAAGACGAGGAGGAAGACGAGGAGGAAGACCAGCUCAUUGAUGACGAUGACGAUGGCGAGAUGAAGCUUCCGGCUGCCCCGAUCGCUGCGCCCUCUACUAGCACCUCAUCCAGCAAACGUGGUUCAGGGAGAGGCAGAGGAGGUCGUCGAAGAGGUGGAAAGACAGAGCCUGCGUUUUCGACAAUAAGUCAUGAACUGCAAGGUGGACCGGUUGAUAUCCCUCUCUCUGGCGCUAGCACCCCUCUGGCCGCUUCAUCUGGUAGAAAGAAGGCAGGUGCUGGCAGGGGUGGCACAAUUCAGCGGGCAAUCAGGAAGAAGCCAUCCCACUCAGCGUCGAAGCCUCCCAGAACGAUUCCAUCUAUCCAUAGAGAUGAGGUGGAAAGUAUACUGAGCGAAACAUAUCCUGGCACUGCAGCUUCAUCCCCCCUCAUGCGUGACGACCGGACGCCUGAGUCCGAAUUGCCCAUUCCACCAGCGAUGCCAACUAUGGUUUUGGACGACGGUGCUCUUGAAGGCGUGCCUCUUCCCGUCUACCCCCUACCUUCCAAACCAUUCCCGGUUCAGCCACCCCCGAAGAUUGGAACUGGGUUCGCGCCCGUCAUGCCUCUCGACAAGAGUGGUAAAUCAGUACGACGCUGGCGGCAGGUAAACCGCGAGAUCCGAGGAAUCGCGGGUGGCCGAUGGUUUGCGCGUACCUGGGCUGGCGAGAAGGAGUCAGAGUAUGCCUCCGCUGCCGCCACCCAAGCAGCGACACACGCCGCGCAGGUAGCUGCUGACCGUGAGGCCGCAUCUGCUGCUGCUAUGGUUGCUGCUGGCAUCACACUGCCCCCGAAACUCGCUGGUGCUUCUCUUGGAGCAACUUCGUUCGGAAAAUCCACGAAGGCAAAGAUGACGAACAGCAUCUCUUCCCACACAACGAAGAAACGCAAUAAUGUUCAAGUUGCUAACACCUCUGGUGAGGUGCCGAUCGUGGUAUCCGCACUUCCGUAAUCAUGGAUCUUAUGUUGC